AUGCCAAACCAACAGAAGAAAAUCAUUUUCUGCACGGCUGGGGUAUUAAGUUUCGUGUGUGCCCUCGGAGUUGUGACAGCCCUGGGGACACCGUUGUGGAUUAAAGCCACCAUCCUCUGCAAAACCGGGGCUCUGCUCGUCAAUGCCUCUGGGCAGGAGCUGGACAAGUUCACGGGUGAGAUGCAGUACGGACUUUUCCACGGACAGGGCGUGAGGCAGUGUGGGUUAGGAGCAAGGCCCUUUCGCUUCUCAUGUAAGAGUUUAACUUCUAAGCUUACGCUUGCAGAUACUGAUCAGGGAAUUCUAAUUCUUGGCUUGCCUUCAGUUUUCCCAGACUUGCUCAAAGCCAUCCCAGUGAGCAUCCACGUCAAUGUCAUUCUCUUCUCCACCAUCCUGACGGUUGUGACCAUGGCGGGGACUGCCCUCUUCAUGUACAAUGCUUUUGGCAAACCCUUUGAGACCCUGCAUGGACCCCUUGGGUUGUAUCUUCUGAGUUUCAUUUCAGGCUCCUGUGGCUGUCUCGUCAUGAUCUUAUUUGCCUCUGAAGUGAAAAUCCACCAUCUCUCUGAAAAAAUUGCAAAUUAUGCCGAAGGGACCUACGCCUACAGAACGCAGCAGGAGAGCUACACUACCUCCUUCUGGGUGGUUUUCACCUGCUGCUUGGUUCACUUUCUCAACGGGCUCCUAAUACGACUCGCGGGAUUCCAGUUUCCUUUUGCAAAAUCCAAAGAUACAGGGACGACCAACGUCGCCGCGGAUUUGAUGUACUGA